UUUCCCUUUCUUCUGUAAACUUUGCAAUCCGUUAAUCUCUCAAAACUAUCCGUUAUACAAACUAUAAAUAAUUUAACAGGUUAUGGGUCCAAACAUGCUGACAUUGCGCAAAAUAGUCUGGGAAUACAAAUCGUGAAAUUUCCGAAAGAGGAAAAUCUUCGUUAUCCGUGACACACACGUGCUGAAAUCGCCAUAGUUGAUCAGUUCGUCUACGCAAGAUUUCUCAUUUGUUCAACGAUUCGAUAUUCAGUAUAUUAGUUUCACAGUGAAGUGCAUAUGAAUAAUUCCAUGGAACGAAUUUCCGCCUUGGGAAAUUCCAGGUGAAUACCGUCUUCAUAGCGAACGGCGUAAAAGAGAUCGUCGACGGUAUAAAGACUGAGCCAGUGAAUGAUGUAAAAUGUAGCCAGGAGACGAGCUGCAUAGCCAAUGAAUAAUGCAAAAGUCAUGUGUAUUAUUUUUACCACGAUUGAAUAUUCUCAACUAAAGCAUCUAGUCACUUGCAACACAUUUACAUAUUGCUGAAAUACGAAUGAAAUUAAGCAGUAUACACGAGCAGAAAACCGCUUCUAAUAGGUUGGUUCUCAUGCAAAAGUUCCAGGAAUAGCGAAUGGAUCAUAACGCAUCAAUUUCCCAACACAUGGCUAGAAUCGAACACGCGGCUCGUCAGAUGAAUAUUCCUUCUGAGCAACAAACGUGAUUAUCAAAGUUUGUCAAAGAUUUCUCAAGGAAGAGUCACGCAUGCUCGUUGCCGAUAUGUCACAAGUCCUCUUGCUGUCAUGAGUGUAAAACACAAACCGUCCAUGAAGAGCAUCGAGAAAUCGAAACAUGACGAAACAAAGAGACAAGAUACAAAGGAAACUAAAUGCUUUUAUUGUUAGAAAAAAGGAUAUUCUAUUAAGGACUCGCGGAAGAAAUUAAACCCGUAUGAAAAUCAAAUGGAUAUAUCCGAAAAUGUGAGUGCGUUUAUUGCCUAUAUCGAAAGAAAGGGAAGAAAUAGAAAACUAGCAUCAGCAUAGUAAUUCCAAAAUGUCCGUUUUUCGUACGGUUUUAAGUGAAGAAAAAGAGUGCUUGUCAGAGAUACAUAUGCAUGUGCAAGGUUCGCGACAGUGGCGCUUCGGGACACGUCACGUUCAGACGCGUAUAAAAAAGGCAAAAGGCUUUUUCUAGAAGGCAGGAAUUGACUAUUUAAAACCUUUUCGUCCGUUAUGCGAUAUGAUUCUAUUCCCUUCUUACAAUAACUACCAAAAGGUAGCUCAAGAUUUGAUAGUGCAACGCAGUUCUUGAAUACAGUUCUUUUGAAAGGACAGGAUACAGAGAACAUUUAUAUGAAAGUGCCUGAAAGAGUGAACUCGAAUAAGAAUAAUGUAGUUCAUGUAGAAAUGUAAUUUAAAUAACACAUAUUUAUUCUGAUGUAAUUACAACUCAUUAUAAAUGAGUUAGAUGAGAUUCGAAAGAAUGAGGUGUUCUUUCUCAUUCGAUUCGUUAUCAGCCAAGAGGACUCGUUUGAAUGUUCAUAUCUUCGACUCUCGGAAAUCGGUCCUGCUCAGCCGCUAUCAACAUCAGUGAUCCAUCCAGCUCGAUUGAGUAUGAUGAAUGGUCGGGAUGUUGCAACUUUAUGACUUUCCGGUCUACAAAUGAUUCGAAAGAUUUGCGCUUUCCGUUGGAGGAGCAUUUCAAUCUUGGGGCAGGUAAUUCAAGUGAAGGAUUAAAAGAAGCAUCUUCAGUGGCGUUUUUUCAAGCUAUCGCGGCCGAAGGAAGGAAACAAAAAAGAACACACGAUAGGGAGGUUGAAGAAACGAAAAAUUGCAGGAUACUAUUUUUCACUAGCGGACAAAUGUUUCGGCUCGGUGAAGUCACGGUAUGAUCGUAUUUACGGUGGUUAUGCAAGAAGAUCUGCACCACAUCAAAUACUCAACAGACAACAUGAAAGACCACAAAAUCAGGAUAUAAUAACUCCCACAAUCAUUCUUUUCAAGAAUAUUUUCCUUCAUACUACAUAUAUAUAUAUAUAAACGUGUUCACAUCCUAGGAACACUAAUCGACGACUAAUUCCUCGACUGUUCCUAUAAUGGUAACGUUAACACGUACAAGCUAAGAAACGAGUAAUUUCGAUUACGGGGACACGAUGAUUGAUACCGACAGCGGUUUGGGAACGAGCGUACACCGAAAGAGUACUCCGACGUGGAAGGGACAUUUGUCAGGGUUCACGUUAAUUUCAUGCGACUGGUUAGGUGGACGAUGUUAAAGAGAGGAGUCGAACGUGCCGUAUGAAUUCGAUGCAUACGGAAUCAGGGAAGAAGGAAUAAUUCUUGUCGAGUGAAGCUGAGGGGCAAAAAGAAGAGAUGAAGAUCGCGUCGUUCUCGAGCUCGAAGAAAAAGUGAUGGAUAAAGGAACGGGGACAGUGGAGCUCGCGCUACAUGCGGAUGGAAAAAGGAAGGUGAAUUCGUGGAGAACGAACGUAAAGGGAGAAGGAAUAUCGAUGUAGGAAAGAGCGAUAGAGAGGCAUACGAACGACUGUACACUGUCGCGAGUUCGUAUUAACUUUAACGAGUGACGGCCCACGCGACGGUUCGAUGGGUCGAAGGUCAACCAGACGUGAGAAUCUUCGUGGAUUCUUCAUUUCCGUGGCCUUCAGGGUGCCGACACGCCGUGAAAGCGGAGAUUCACGCCUCUCUCAAGAGAUAUCACUCGCUUCUCUGCCGUGUGACGCUCGUUAGAAAUUGAAAUGGGAAUCGAAGUUGCCGAUGUCUAUUAUUUCGCGUACGACGUGUGGGCGGCCGCGUUUCAAUGCUGAAGAUCGAUGGAAAGUUUACCGUAAUGACGCGCUUUCGACCAGGGAAAUUCUUGUACCAUAGUUUCACGUUGCUCAUCGACCCUCUUUCGCUUUAUCGCGAAGGAAAGAAAAGGUGUUGAAGAGAAGCGUUUCAAUUUGUUUGAUAUAAAGAUUUGAACUUGCAGGUGCAAGGUAUGCUUUCAUUCGAUGGAAAAGGAAAUAAAUAUAAAACGAUAAACAAUACAUAUAAAAAAGGUA